UAUGGCCUCGGAGGCUAUCGCAUCUCCAAAAAUCAGCCCUACGGUGUCGAGCUCGCUCUUCUGGCAUCGGUCCUCCUCGCCGGCAGCAGCAUCCCGCGUGCAAUCAAGACAGGCAAACCGCUCCCCGCAGGCCUGAGUGUAUUGGCUGCGACGGGACUGUUCGUCUACGGAAAAGCGUUUCUGGCUAAGGCUUGA